AUGACGAGACUGAGCUAUGAAUGUGACGUUUGUGUUCUUGGAGGGCCUGGCAUAGGGAAAAGCUCACUAAUACUCCAUUAUACUAAGGGUAUAUUUUUGGAGAACAUAGAAAGCUCUGUGGAAGAUCUUUACCAAAAACAAGCCACCUCACAAGGUGUGAGUAAAAUAAUCUCAAUCUUGGAUACAAAUGCAAAUGUGGAUGCCUACAGUACUUCAAGAAAAGAACAAAUAAAGAACGCUGCCACUUUGGUUUUUGCAUAUUCAAUUGAUGAUAGAGAUUCAUUUUUGAAAGUUUCAGAUGAUUUUGAACGAAACUUGGGAGUUAUGAAGACAUUACCACCUUGUGCCUUAAUUGGCCUAAAGUCAGACUUGAGUGCAGACCGCCAAGUAGCAUACGAAGAAGGACAACGAUUAAGCGAACACAUGAAAGCAGUCAGCUUCCAGGAGUGCAGUUCCAAACUUUCAAUUAAUGUCAACGAGGCAUUGGACCCAAUUGUGGAGGUUGCAUUGCAGAACAGUCUGAAGUCUGAACCGAAGUCCGAGCCGAAGUCCGAUCUGGAUUUGAAUUCCUAUAUGACUUUCGAAGUGGAGUCCGCGGCGAAAGCCGAUGCGAAGUCCGAGACAAAAUCCGAAACAAAUUCGGAAGGGAGGACCGAAAUGAAAUCAGGCUCCAGCACACCUCAAACAGUCGAAAGGAACCACCUGCGAAGUAUGAAAAAAGAACCGGAUUCACUUCACCAAAACCACUGCUGCAUCGUCAUGUGA